AUGGGAUGUGGAACACAGAACGCGCCGAUAAACUCGAUUGAUUCGCCGGCUUGGCCGGGUCCACCAAAGAAAUGCGGGAGGCAACCCAAUAGCCAACAACUCCUUGGCCUACCUAGUCUGGACUAG